CACAGCUUGGCGCGGGCGGUGGCGCGGGCGGUUAAGCGGCAGGCACAACAAGUAGUGAAAAGUGUAUAUGAUGAUGAGGACUAUCUUUUGGCUUUGAUUUUAAAAGAAAAAACAGACAAUACAAAAAACAAAGCAUGUGAAACAGAACUUAAAAAGUAUUGCAAAAACUUAAAGGAUGUUUAUACGGACUUGGAAAAAAUAAGUCCAAAACUAAAAGACAUUUGCAAUCAUGGAAACCCAGAAAAAAAAUGCGUAGGGUUAAAAGAUAAAAUUAAAAAUAUCUGCGAAACAUUUAAAUCAACAUUUCAAAAGGUAAAUCAAAACCCAUUAGAUACGAAUUGUAAAGAGAGUGAGCAAAAAUGCUUGUUUUUGGAGGAUGCAUGCUCUGGUGAUCUCAAAGAUGGUUGCAACACUAUAAGAAAUAAGUGUUAUCAAAAGAAACGUGAGAAAGUGGCAGAAAAAGCUCUUUUAAGAGCACUUAAUGGCCAUCUUAAAGAUAAAGAUACAUGUAAAGAGAAGCUCAAGGAACUUUGUCCAAAGUUAGGUCAAGAAAGUAAUGAAUUAGCGCAAAAAUGUUUUGAUACGGACUCUACAUGUGAACCUCUAGUAAAAACAGCAGAAGAAAAGUGUAAAUCUUUAAAAACAGAGGUAGGAAAAGUAAUAAAUAGUAAUGAAGAGUUACAGAAAAGAGGGCGUUCUUUACUUAAAGAAUGCCAUUUUUAUGGACAAAAUUGUGAUAAUAAUGAAUCAAAGUGUAGUAGUUUACAAAAAAAAUGUAAAGAAAAAGAAAUCUUUUAUGUACCACCAGGUUCAGAUUUUAAUCCUACAAAACCAGAACCUACGCUGGCAGAAAAAAUAGGUUUGGAAGAGCUUCACAAAGAAGCGGCGACACAGGGAAUUCUACUUGGAAAACCACCAGAAAGGGAUGUUCUUGAUUUACUAGUAUUUCUGUCAGGAAGUGACCCUUUUGAUGACACUCAAUGUGAGAAAGUACUCACUAAUAAAUGUAGCUCUAUUCAACAUCUAGCAAAAGAAUUAGAGAAUUUAUGCAAAGAUAAAGGCAAAUAUGGGGAUAAAUGUAAAAAGUUUAAAGGGGAUUUUGAAAAAACAAAAGGCACUCUAACAACAAUGUUUCAAAGAAAUUCAUUUGAAAACAAUGAAAUUAUAUUAUGGAAUGAGUUACCGAAUUUCCUUAGUGAAAAUGACUGCAUAAAAUUACAGUCAGACUGUUUUUAUUUUGAAAGUCAAACAGGUUUUGAAAAAAUAUGUAAGAAUGUUAAGGCAACGUGUUAUAAAAAAGGGCGUGACGCAUUAGCAAACCAGGUAUUACAAGACAAAAUGAGAGGGAAACACCGUGAUACAAAUAAUACAUUGUAUGAAACAAUUCAAAAAGAGCUGGUAAAGGCAUGUGUGGGUCUGAAAGGAGAGAGCGAUGAGUUAUUUGUGUUAUGUGUGCAACCAAUAGAAGGAGCCGUUGCAGUAUUAACAGAUUUACAUAUGAAGACAGACGUGUUACAAGGAGACUUGAACGAGAAACGGGAUUUUCCUACGAAGCAAGAUUGCGAAGAAUUGCUAAAGAAGUGCAAUGAUCUAAGACAAGACUCUGAGGAACUUGAGUGGCCCUGUCGUACGUUGGAGCAUCAUUGCAAUCGAUUGAAUAUUGCAGAACAAUUGGAAGAGAGGUUGUUGGAAGGAAAGGUGAAGGAUUUGGACAAUUUCAAUUCGUGUUUAGAGAAUCUGGGAAAACAAUGUCGUGAAUGGAGCAGAAAAGGAAGAACACAGUUUGCUCUCUCAUGUGUAGCACAGAAUAUUACAUGCAAAAUUCUUACAAAAAGCGUAGAAUCUAAGUGUACUACAUUGAAGGCACGUAUGAAAGCAAGUGAUGUUAUGAAUAAAAUAAAAAAGAAUGAUGAAAAAGAAUCAACCUGUAGCACCUGGGCACCCUAUUGUACCAAGUUUAUGUCAAGUUGCCAGAAUCUAACUGCUGGUGAUGGAAAAUGUAAGAAACUUAACAAAGAGUGUAAACUAUUUAUCGAAAGGAAGGAUUUGGAAGAAAAAGUAGCUUAUGAAUUAAAGGGCAGUUUGAAAACAGAGCAAAAGUGUCAGAAUACACUUGAAAAAUACUGCACACAAUGGGCAAAUGCAAGCAAUGGUCUUGAAACUUUGUGCAAAGAAAAUGGUAAGGAGGAUAAUCAAGUUAGGGAAGAGCUUUGCAAGAAAUUAGUAGAACAAGUAAAAAAGCAAUGUUCUGGAUUACAGAAAAAACUUACAGAAGCCAGUAAAGAGCUGGAAAAGAAAGCUAGUGAAUAUGAGGAUAUCAAAAAAAAAGCAGAAGAUGCAAUGAAAAAAGCAAGUCUUGUUUUAUCAAAAGCAAAAGUAGAAAACAAUAAAUCGGAAAACGAAGUUGUGCCUAGUGCACCAGCUGUACCUAGUGGAAAAGACACGAAGCCGUUUAGACUUAUAAGAAGAGAUGUAACAGCGAAGGUAACAGAAGACGAAGCGAAAGCAUUUGAUUUGGUUGCACAAGCAUUUGGACUCUAUGUAGAAUUAAGGGAGAUAUGCCAUGAUUUACUAAAAAGAUGCGGAUUUAAAAAGGAAUGUGAUUGUGAAGAUUCAUGCAAAACGAUAGAAAAUAAAUGCCAUGGAUUGAAACCACUGGAAGUAAAACCAUACGAAAUAGCAACUAAAAACAUAACAACCACAACUACAACCACAACGACAACAACAACAACCGUUAAAGACGCAAAGGUAACAGACUGCCAGUCUCUGCAAACGACAGACACGUGGGUCACAAAGACGUCGACCCAUACUAGCACAUCCACAACUACAUCUACGGUCACAUCGAGAAUAACGUUGACCUCAACGAGGCGGUGUAAGCCUACGAAGUGCACGACAGGAGAGGAGGAUGAAGCAGGGGAAGUGAAGCCGAGUGAGGGAUUAAGGGUGAGCGGGUGGAAUGUGAUGAGGGGGGUGCUAGUGGUAAUGAUGAUUUCAUUCAUGAUUUAA